GAAAUAAAAAGAAAAAAAGAAAGAUAACAGAAACAGUUGUCGCUGGUUCCUCUCUCUCGCCAUGAGCACCCUGACGGACCUCCCUCCAUUCUGGCGCAUCCAAUGCCCUCUUCUUCUCCGCCCAACACCCUCCUCCUCUAUCUUCCGCCCAUUCCACCCAUUUCCCCAAGGACGCACCCGCAUUCGCUGCUCGAUUGCCAAGGAAUCUGCCAUUUCUUCUCCCUCCUUCUCCGGGGCGCCAGGCGGACACUCCGACUCUGUGGACUGCGUGGUCGUCGGCGGGGGGAUCACCGGCCUCUGCAUCGCUCAGGCCCUCGCCACCAAGCACUCGAGCGUUGCUCCGAACCUAAUCGUCACGGAGGCCAGAGACCGUGUUGGCGGCAACAUCAUCACCGUCCAGAGGGAUGGUUAUCUCUGGGAAGAGGGCCCCAAUAGCUUCCAGCCCUCUGAUCCCAUGCUUACCAUGGUGGUGGAUAGUGGGUUGAAGGAUGACUUAGUUUUGGGUGAUCCAAAUGCACCUCGCUUUGUGUUGUGGGAUGGGAAAUUAAGGCCAGUCCCAUCCAAGCCGACUGACCUCGCGUUCUUUGACUUGAUGAGCAUUGGUGGCAAACUCAGGGCUGGCUUUGGUGCUCUUGGCAUUCGCCCUCCUCCUCCAGGGCAUGAGGAAUCAAUUGAGGAGUUUGUGCGUCGUAAUCUUGGUGAUGAGGUUUUUGAACGCUUGAUAGAGCCCUUUUGUUCAGGUGUCUAUGCGGGUGAUCCUUCAAAACUAAGUAUGAAAGCAGCAUUUGGAAAGGUUUGGAAGCUAGAGCAGAAUGGUGGUAGCAUCAUUGGUGGCACUUUCAAAACAAUCCAGGAGAGAAAUAAAGUUCCCAAGCCUCCUCAAGAUCCGCGUCUACCAAAGCCAAAGGGCCAAACGGUCGGAUCUUUUAGGAAGGGACUUGCUAUGUUGCCGGAGGCAAUAUCAACAAGGUUGGGUAAGAAAGUAAAAUUGUCUUGGAAGCUUUCAAGUAUCAGAAAAUUGGAUAAAGGAGGGUAUAGUUUGACGUAUGAAACACCACAAGGAUUGGUUUCUCUUCAGAGUAAAAGUGUUGUCAUGACUGUUCCUUCCUAUAUUGCGAGUAGUUUGUUGCACCCUCUAUCUGCUGCUGCUGCAGAUGCACUUUCAAAAUUUUAUUACCCACCAGUUGCUGCCGUGUCCAUUUCAUAUCCAAAAGAAGCAAUUCGGACAGAAUGCCUGAUAAAUGGUGAAUUAAAGGGGUUUGGUCAAUUGCAUCCACGCAGCCAAGGUGUUGAAACUUUAGGAACUAUAUAUAGCUCAUCACUUUUCCCCAAUCGUGCACCAGCUGGAAGGGUUCUGCUUUUGAACUACAUUGGAGGGGCUACAAAUCCUGGAAUUUUGUCCAAGACUGAGACUGAACUUGUUGAAGCAGUAGACCGAGAUUUGAGAAAAAUUCUCAUAAAUCCUAAUGCAAAGGAUCCACUUGUGUUGGGUGUGAGGGUGUGGCCGCAAGCCAUUCCACAGUUCUUGAUUGGUCAUUUUGAUCUCCUAGAUGCUGCAAAAGCUGCUCUCAGAGAUACUGGGUUUCAUGGGCUGUUUCUUGGGGGCAACUACGCAUCCGGUGUAGCCUUGGGCCGAUGUGUUGAGAGUGCUUAUGAGGUUGCAUCUGAGGUGACUGAUUUCCUAUCGCAGUAUUCAUACGAAAAGUGUCAGACUUGAAGGAAACUUUGGAAAUUGAUGGGCGCUUUCACGGAUUGGGAGUUUUUCUUCAUCUGUUCAUUACGGGGUUUUGGUAGCCUCUUCUGGGGAGAAUUUUUUUUUCUAGGCAUUUUGUUUAGGGUUCUAUUUGACUUGUAAUUCAUUAACGAUCCUCAACCCAUGUCAUUUCCAAUAUUUGCUCUUACGUGAGACAUUUUAUACAACUUUUCUUUUAAUAGUGCAGUGGUAGGUGGUUACUUUCUUUGUA